AGCGGCGGCAGCAGCGGCGGCCCCGGGCAGGCGCGGUGCCCGCGGAGGGUGGCCUGGCGGCUGGCUCCGAGCCCAGGUGAGCGCCGCGGCGAGCGCGGCCUUGCUGCUUCCCGCGGGGCCGGGAUCUUCAGCAGGGCCCAGGGCAGGGCUGCGGUCUCCGGGUGUGUUGUGACCCUAGCGCGGCAACGCUCUGCAGUCUCUGGGAGUUCUUGUGCAGUUAUUUGGUAAACAAUGAAGGUUCUGCUGCUGAAGGAUCCCAAAGACAAAGAUUCAGGACCAGAUCCAUACAUUACAGAAUUAGGAGAAUAUGGAUUUGAAGCAACUUUAAUUCCAGUUCUGUCAUUUGAAUUCAUCUCUCUUGAAGGCUUAUUUGAAAAGCUCUCUUGUCCAGAGUCGUAUGGAGGCCUAGUUUUUACCAGUCCAAGAGCAUUAGAAGCCAUCAAGAUAUGUUUAAGAGAGAACAGUAAAAAUGAAGCCUGGUCAAAAUCUCUUAAACAAAGGUGGAAUACCAAACCAGCGUAUGUGGUAGGAAAAACUACAGCUUCUCUAGUGGAAGAAAUUGGUCUCAGUUCACAUGGAGAAAAGUCUGGAAAUGCUGAAAAAUUAGCAGAAUAUAUUUGCUCAAGAGAGAAACUUAAUUCCUUGGCCCUUCUUUUUCCUUGUGGAGCCCUGAAAAGAGAAGUGCUUCCUACAAUACUUAGAGAAAAAGGUAUUGCUCUGGAAAGCCUCAUUGUUUAUCAAACAACUCAGCACUCUGACCUGCAGGAAUCUUUGAGCAGUUAUUUCUCACAACAGGGAAUUCCAGCAUGCAUCGUGUUCUUCAGCCCAUCUGGUGUCAGAUUUUGCCUCCAGCACAUCCAGAAGCUUUCAGGGAAUUUUAUCAACACUAUCAAGUUUGCUGCGAUUGGUCCAACCACAGCAGAAGCCAUGGAAGCAGCAGGAAUUCCAGGAGAAGAGGCAAACCCUCAGCUUGCUCCAACCUCCCCACAGUACACGAUCUUAAAAAAAAAAAAAUUAUAAAGAGCUUUUGGUUUCUAUUCCUGCAACGAGGGAGGAUUUAUUAACAGAAAUAAACUGGCUUACCAUCGUUAAUGAUAGUGCUAGAGUUGUCUGACUUGGAUGUGGUUUCUGCUUUAAUUGUUUAUCUGUGAAAGGAGGCAAAGUAAUCCUGUUUAGCACUAAUGCCGUCUUCCCUAAUGCUGGGAAAUUCAUGAAAGAUUUAAAUCAUAAUAUACUCAAUUAUAAUCCUCAUGAAAGUCAUUUGUAUUGUCAGUGCAGUGCUGGGCUGCAGCAAGGAACAGAGAAAUCCUUACUUGCUGUAAGCUUCUGUUAGCUUCACUGAGCAAACGAUCUGAAUUCCCAAUUAGGUGAGGUGCUCCCUACUUAGAGGAAGAGUUAAGCUGAACCAAAUUACAGCAAUAGAACCUGAAGUGAUUUCAGAGUGGGUAUGUGGCUUCAUCAGUCAGACUGGGUGGGGAUAGACAACCAUUUGGCUUUAGAAAUCAGUUCUGUGCCUGGAAGUGAAAUAGAAUCUCAGAAGUACACUAAUUGCUGGAGGAUAAGUUCAACAGUAGGAGGAAUGCUUCAAGACUAUAAAAAUAUGAUCCUAGAGGGUACUAGAAUGGUUGUGGGAACUAAUGUAGCUGCAGGAGCCCUGGUACUCAACAGUUGCAAGGCCAUACCUCAGAUAAUGGGUUCACUUUUAGGUCCUUCACUACACGAAAGAGAUUGAGGUCCUGAAGUGGGUCCAGGGCAGGGCAACACGGCUGGUGAAGGGUAUGGAGAACAAGUCUUGUAAGGAGCAAGGGAGGGAACUGAGGUUGUUUAGGCUGGAGAAGCAGAGGCUGAGAGAAGAUCUCAUUGCCCUCCACAGCUCCCUGAAAGGAGACAGAAGUCUCUGCCCCCAAGUAAGAAACAAAAGGGCAAGAAAAAACAGUCACAAGUUGAGCCAGAGGAGGUUGAGGUUGGACAUUUGGAAAAAAUUCUUCCCCAAGAGGGUUGUGAAGCCCUGGAACAGGCUGGCUGGGAAAGUGGUAGGAUUGAAAAUCCAUGAAGAUGUGGUGCUGAGGGAUAUCAUUAGAUAAUGGUUGGACUUGAUCUUAAAGGUCUCUUCCAACCAAAACAAAUCUAUAAUUUUGCAGAUAUUUUUCUAGCCCCUACUACCUCCAAAAUAGUUUGAACGCUGUGGGUCUGUUUGUUUCUCUGCUGAGGGUCGUGACAGUCAUAACCACUGAAAGAAGCAGAGUGAUUUGUCAGCUUUUAUGUAAUAAAUAGAAGUUUAUUUAAAAA